UUUAAAUAGCUGACUCAGUAGGGGAAUACCCUGUCAUGUGAUCAUGAAGAGGGUAGGUCUUCUACAGCGCUCAGGACAGAGAAGAGUAAGAGUCAUGAUCAUGGAUGCUUCCAGCCUGCUCAAGCUCCUCCUGUUACAAACGUUGCCAGCAUCAACUAUAAACAUUCAGCCCAGUUUGCUAAACAGUUUCAACUUUCAACAUGAACCAGCAAACAAUUCCAUGUCUUUGCAUCGGGCCCUUUCCGAGUCUGGUUUCCAUAGAACUUUGCUCGCGGAGUUGUCCAUACCAGACGAGAUGGCUGAAGAGCUCAGUGAUGCCUCCUUUAUCAUUGUGCAGAACAUUACCAGCAGUUUGUAUGUUGAUAUUGAUCAGUUGUCAAACCUACACUCAAUGGCUGGAGAACCACAGGUGAUAGUGACUAGGCACAUGGACACUGAGAAACCAGCUUCUCUCUCCACCAGUCAUGUCUUACUGGCCUACUCCAAACUUAAGGGUAACAGGUUGAGUGUCAGUGUUCCUAUUCACUUCCGCUACCAGCCACCAUGUGACUCCCAGUAUGUCCCUGUGACCAUCCCUCCCCCACUGUUGUUCUACAAACCCCACAACAGCUCAAAGCAAGAGAUAUCAGACACAGUGAAACUGCUACCGUGCAAUUCAACAUCAUCAGAACGUUGUCAUUGGCAUCAGAUGCCCUACACUCUCGAUCAAGACUCGUCAAACCAGUAUUGUUUUGAAGAAGACUGUGCUCGAUAUUCUGAUUUGUUGAUAGCACUUAUUCCUUGUGGUGCUCAGAACAGUGUAUCAUUAGUGGUAGGAAUAACUGUACUAGUGACCCUCCUAGCAGCACUGUAUAUUUGUAUUGCUAUUGGUUCUGUACAGCCUCAAACAAUUGCUUCUCGUCGCUAAUCAUCAUGCUAUGCUGUGCACUGCUUCUCAUGAA